GAAGAAGAAGAAGAAGAAGAAGAAGGUUUCACGCGAUAUCUUCCAUGUUGACCUUGCUACGGCAUAUCCUGUAGGUACAGAUCGUGAUGGGGUACUGGGAUGUUCCAGAUGGGACUGACUGCGUGGAGAAGACCUGGAUCACCACCAAAUUGGGCACAGCUCUGGGUCUGGUUGGUUCAGCCUAUCACAUAGUUGCAUUUCAGCCUGACUCUGCCUUGGCGGCGGUGCAGAGGGCUACCAAUGCAACAAUCACAAUGGCUUCUAUGGGAGCCAUCUUUGGAAUGGCAACAUGUCUCAGUGCUCAGGCCCGUGAAGCUCCAGAUGACCCACUGAAUUAUUUUAUUGGAGGCUGUGCCUCAGGGAUCUUCCUUGGAGCCAGGACCCACAGUGCCAUGACUGGAACGUCAGCAUGUCUGGGUCUGGGAACACUGGCCUUUUUAACAAAAGCUGGUAAAAUGGAAGGUUGGAGGAUUGUUGGACCACCAAAACUGUAGGAGGCAGACUUUCAGAUUAAACAUUGUAAAAAGGCUUAAUGUAAUAAAAUGCUUGUGAAUCUAAA